AUGAAUCUAUCAAUUUUCGUGUUAUCUGUUCUAAUUGUUCUAGUGAGCUGCGGUGUUCUCAAAAACACGGAAGACCAUCCAAUUACCCAUCAAGAUACACCAUGUGGUUUAACGAAAUGUCCCGAUGAUCGCAGAUGCGAAUUUCCUGUGAACGAGGAAGAAUGUGAUAAUGAGGAUGGAUGUUCUUCUUCUCCGAAAUGCGUUCCUAUUUCGAUUCCAAAACCAAAAUGUGAGGAAAACGAGGAAUUGAAGGAAUGUGGGUCGGCUUGUGAACCAACAUGUGAUCAGGAACAUCGAGGAUGUUCGGCAGUAUGUCUGACAAAUGUGUGCCAGUGUAAAGAUGGUUUCAUCCGAGAUUCAGUUUUAGGGAAAUGUGUGGAAAAGAAAAAUUGUAGCAAAUGCACUCUAGAGUGUCCAAGCAAUGAAAAAUGUGAGAUUGUGGAGUUGUCAUGUGAGCAGAAGCCCUGCCAAAUGAUGGAUGUAUGCGUCGCUCGUGAGAAUCCACACACUGAAGAAUGA